UUGACAUUUCAAAAAAUGGCCGCGAUUGGAAUUGGAAUGUGUGAAACUCCCGGCUGCAAAUCUGUUGCACAAUUACAAUGUCCUACGUGUAUAAAACUGGGCAUUCAAGGCUCGUUCUUCUGCAACCAAGAUUGCUUCAAGAAGUCGUGGAAAACUCACAAAAUUAUUCACUCCUUAGCGAAGGGUGAGAAUACAGAUGUGUCGAACAUUGAAUAUAAUCCCUGGCCUUCGUACAAUUACACGGGGAGGUUGAGGCCGUUCCCACCGGGUCCGAAGCGGACUGUACCUAGUCAUAUUGGUCGUCCUGACUAUGCUGAUCAUCCGACCGGUUUUCCGGCUUCGGAGAAUGCUGCUAAAGGAUCAGGGCAAAUCAAGGUGCUGGAUGAUGAAGAGAUCGAGGGGAUGCGCGUAGCUUGCCGCCUCGGUAGAGAGGUGCUCGAUGAAGCAGCCAGGGUGUGUGACGUAGGUGUAACUACAGAUGAGAUUGACCGUGUAGUUCAUGAAGCUAGCAUUGAGCGCGAUUGCUAUCCAAGUCCGCUCAAUUACCACAACUUCCCAAACAGUUGCUGCACUUCUGUCAAUGAAGUUAUUUGCCAUGGGAUUCCAGAUCUACGUCCUUUGCAGGAUGGUGAUAUCUGCAAUGUUGAUGUGACAGUGUACCACAGAGGUUUCCAUGGUGAUCUUAACGAAACAUUCUUUGUUGGUAAUGUCCCAGAGUCAUCUCGAAAACUCGUACAAGUCACACAUGAAUGUUUACAACGAGCCAUUGAAAUUGUAAAGCCUGGAGAGAAGUAUCGGGAAAUAGGAAAUGUUAUACAGAAACAUGCUCAAGCUAAUGGGUUCAGUGUGGUGCGCUCAUACUGUGGGCAUGGAAUUCAUAGGCUGUUCCACACAACACCUAAUGUGCCUCAUUAUGCUAAAAACAAAGCCGUGGGCGUGAUGAAACCGGGGCACUGCUUUACGAUUGAGCCGAUGAUCAAUGAGGGCGGAUGGCGUGAUGAGCAAUGGCCUGACCACUGGACUGCUGUCACCGCUGAUGGAUCGCGUUCUGCACAGUUCGAACACACCCUGCUGGUGACGGAAACCGGCUGCGAUAUUCUCACGGAGCGCUCAAAUGGUCGCCGGUGGUUUAUGGACCAAAUGGAAAAACUCAAGAAAGAUUCCUAGUAUAUGUCUAGGUGAACUUUUCUCUGAGGUAUUCAUACAUUCAUUUAAUGGGCACUACCAUUACAAAUGUUACCAGGUAACUGCAAGCCGAGUAUGGUAUUUGCUGUCAAAAACUUGGCAGUUUUAAUGUUUAGAGGCUCAUCAAUUGUGACAGUGUAAAGUCAUCAACUUUUGAAUAGAAGGUAUGUUAUUGCGAUAAGUCUUGUGGUUUAAACGCUAGGCGAUGUAUUCUAAACAUAGGACGUGACAAUGUUGCGCUGUGUUACAAUGUGAAAAAUAUUUCGUGCCUUUGUAACGUGAUAAUGGUAGUCCUCAUUACGUACAUAAAAUAUUACCUUAUAAUAAUAUAAAAACAUUCUACCUGCUCACUGAAGUGAUAAUCACAGACUAUAAAUAUAGUGUGUUAAUUUUCUGUGGUUAUUAAAACCAUAGUGACUGAAUACAAAUAGAAUGACAGUUCCUGAGCUACUUUGAAAAUUUCUUAUAAACAGACUACUCAUUAUUCGUACUUGCGCACUGUUAAUUACUAAGAAUUGCCAAUAACAGUAAUGAAGUUUUUGUGCUACUAUAUAUAAUAUGUAAAUCAAACUAUAACCAAGCUUUACCUGUUAAGGCAAGAAUUUGCUCUCUGAGAGUGCUUCGUUAUUAUACUUAGUCAUAAUAGUAAUGAAAUGCAGUAAUGUAGAAAACCUCAGCGGAUUCUGA